AUGGAUAAUCUCCACGACGAUGCAUUUUCAGGCCAGCUCACCGCCGAGAACCUCCAGCGUUACCUCCAGUAUGACCGCUCCAUCAUCGAUGAGCCUGGUGGGUUCGCGAACCUCACUCCGCUUGCUGCUGCGUCCUUUCACGGUCACCUCGACGUCGUCAAGUUGCUCCUCGAUCACGUUGCUAAUCCUGACGCUCUCUCCCCCGGCAACCGUACAGCUCUAUUCUACGUAACCUCUCGCAAGGUGCGGUGCAACCAGCUUGCCAUCGUACGCGCCCUCCUCGAUGCCGGUGCAAAGAUCGACAAGUGCUACGACGACGACGGGCGGAACACUCCUCUUAUGAACGCCAUCCAGCAGCUGGGCGACAAGGAGAUCGUGCACGAGCUCGUGAACCGUGGUGCAUCGUUGACCUUGACGAAUCUAGAGGGCGAGACCACCAAGAUGAUCGCGAAGGUGCGGGGUAUGGAGCAUGAUGUGCGCUUGAGGGCGGACAGGGAGCUGCCCCGGGCGGAGUUGGCCAACUUCGUCGCUGCGGCGGUGAUGCUCGCCGUCGCUGUUGGUAACGGCGGACCCAUGGAAGACGUCCUGAGAGACGCCAUCACGAAACUGUGUUGUGCGUCCGGAGAGAAAUUCGAUGGUCUCAUGGACGAGAAGUCUACGAGUCGUCGCACUGCAGACUACGGUACAAGAUACACUUCGCCGGCUACGGCCGUGGAGCACUCAGGGAACCACUUGCCAGAGGUUGUUGCAGAGGCUUCUGCAGAGGAUCCCUCAGGGCUCUCUAGAGCGCACUCGGAGACUACGACUGCGGUUGCCGGUCACGCUGUAGAGGCUAAGGCUGUGGAAACUACUGCUCUGCUAGAUGAUGUCGCGCAUGUCCCUGCAGCAGUCCCUGGAAAGGCCGCCGCUCGAGAGGCGACUGUCACAAUGACUCAGACAGUGGAGGCCACCGGAGAGACGGCUAUCACACUGACUCAGACAGUGAAUAUCGCCUCACCGAUCCAUAACGAGCGAGCGGUGUCUUCGAAGUCAGAGAACGCUGUCCAGGAUCGGGCAGUGGGCUCUGGAGACGUAGCGACGAAGGCCGCGCGGCAUUCUCCGGUCUCUUUAGGAGUCACUUCAGACGCCGCUGGAGAGGCCGCCAUCAUAGAGGUUGAAACGGGAAAGGUUCCCCGGGACGAGCAAUCUUCAGUAGAGAUCACCAGCGCUGACUGUGCUCAGGCGCAGGACACCGAGGAUAAGACCGCCAAUCCCUCUGUAGCGAUCUCUGACUGUGAUCGUGUAAAUCCUCAGCAGUACGAUAGGUCCACACAGGCUCCCGACGCGGGCGUCCGAGAGGACAUAGAACAGUUCGGACUUCAGAAGCCUCCACAAAGGCAUCGGGGGCUAUCACGGUGGUUGCGGCAGAGUCUAAGAAUGCAGAGGAUACCAGCGGCCGAAUCUGCGCUGUCCACAGGGAUUCGCGCGCCCGCGGUGGAAUAUCGAGCCACAGAGUGGUGUUCGUCCCCUGGUGCUCGAAUUACUCCAGGUGGUAUUGCGAAGGGCACCACAAAGAGCACGGUAGAGAACAUCACGCAGCCUACAACCGUAGAGAACCCGCAGAAUUUGACGGCAGGCAACGAGUCGAACGAAGACGAGUUAUCUAAAGCUGACGACGAGUCGUUCAAAGCUGACGAUGAGUCGUUGAAAGCUGACGACGAGCUUGUCGAGCACGUCAGUAUAAACGCGGCUUCUCUUCUGAAUAAUCCCAAUGGCUGCUACACUGAUCCCGAAAACGUCGAGCGUAUCAAAACCCUCUCCCUAUACCAGCUCGUCAUCUACUGCGACGACAGCGGAUCUAUGGGCUACGACCGCCUCUACGAGCACCAGUGCGAGCUCGUCAGAAGAAUUGUGACUAUUGCUACCAAACUCGUCCCGGACGACUACGGCGUCGACCUCCACUUCAUCAAUGCUCCCUCUGCCUACAAUCUCUCCGACCACGGAAUUGAAGCUCGCAUGAAACAGGUGAAGCCUAGCGGUGGCACUUCGAUCGGUUACAACCUCCGCAGGAAAAUCCUGGAGCCGCUCGUUUACAAGCGCAUGGCCAGCGGAGAGCGCUUUGAGCGCCCAAUCUUGAUAUGGACGAUCACCGACGGAGAGCCCGAUAGAACGGACCAGCCGAGCUUCAAGGACGCGAUUAUGGAGUGCAGGAAGAACUUGGUUAUGCACGGGUACCGCCCGACUGCCGUCAGGUUCUGCGUUAGCCAGAUUGGGAACAGCUGGGAUGCAGUGAAUUUUUUGAACGGGCUAAGGGACGACUCGGAGAUCAGUGAUGUGGUGCACUGCACUACAGACCGGCUGGACGAUAAAUUCAAGGAGCUUAAGAACGCAGAGGGCAAGUUAGAGGAGUGGUUGCUGAAGACGUUGACAGAGCACAUCAUGACCAAGAAAUGA